AUGAUGGUUUGUGGCCUCAUGGCGGGCCGUGUGCAGCUGACAGACCUGGGUCGACCAGUGGCAGGGGAUUACGAGGAUGCGAUCAAGGAGGAGAGCCGCAGAUACCGGCGAACGGUCUUUGACAUUCAGGCGUGGGAAGGCCACAGGAGCACCACGCGCUAUGGCCGCCACCUCGUCGGCAUUUUAACCUCCCGUGUGGUGUGGGGCCUGGCGCGGCCGCUGCUGUAUGUAGCGGCCGUAGCGGCAGCGGUGGUGGCGUAUGAGUCACUGCGGCAGGCUGGCCUCCUCCCGGCCGCGCUGCCAAGCGUGCAGCUGACAAGCAAGGAGCCGUUUGGGCUGACCAGCUUUGCGCUCUCUCUGCUGCUGGUCUUCCGCACCAACUCAAGCUAUGGCCGGUGGGACGAGGCGCGCAAGAUGUGGGGCCUCGUCCUCAACAGGUCACGCGACAUCGUGCGCCAGGGCCUGUCGUACAUCUCGCCCGACUGCUGGCAGCUGCGCGACAUGCUGUGCCGCUGGACGCCCGCCUUCAGCCGCGCGCUGAUGUGUCACUUGCGCAAGGGCAACGACCUGCGGCAGGAGCUCCAGGACAUCCUGCUGCCCCACGAGCUGGACUCCCUGCUGAAGGCCACGCACCGGCCUAACUACGUCCUGCAGGUGCUGUCCCAGAUCAUAUCGUCCGCCAACCUGUCCGUGGCGGCCACGAUCCGGAUGGACCAGAACCUCACCUCCUUCGCAGACUGCCUGGGCGGCUGCGAGCGCAUCCUGCGCACCCCCAUCCCGCUGAGCUACACCAGGCACACGAGCCGCUUCCUGAUGAUCUGGCUGACGCUGCUGCCCUUCUCGCUCUUCGGGUCGUGCGGGCUGUCCACCAUCCCGCUGAGCGUCGCCAUCGCCUUCCUGCUGCUGGGCAUUGAGGAAAUUGGUGUCAGCAUUGAGGCAGAGCCCUUCUCUAUUCUGGCACUUGAAGUCAUCUGUGACAGCGUCCUGUCGAACGUCAGGGAAAUCCAGUCCACCCACGCCGCCAAUGGCAACGGCGGCAGCAGCACUGGCGUCAGCGGCAACGGCAACGGCAGCGGCGCGCCGCCAGCACAGCAGCGGCGGGAGCAGCUGUCGGCGGCGCAGCUGGUGGGCUUGGCGCGGUCUGGGCCACAGGGGCAGAAGGAGUGGCCGCCGGUUCAGGCGGUGAACAGGUACCCUGUGCCGCAAGCAGCGGGCGUCUAA